AUGACUACUCCCACUUUGAUCAACUUGCCUCCUCCCCCAUCGGACCCUGUCACUCCAUCGGAUAUGGGACCAGGCACUCCCAACUCCGGCACGACAUCGCUAUCCGCUCUGUCGACAACAGCUAUCAAGGACGGCCACCAGGGUCAACCGUUUCCCCACAGCCGUCAUGCCCACCAAUCGUCCUCAGCUUCCACAUCUUCUACCACAACCCUAGAGGCUGAACGUGCAGACCGCAUUUCCCGGCUAGCGGGCCUUGAGCGUGUCGCCACAGCCCGCGCCGGUGGCCAAACGUCUUCCAGCCAUGUGCCGCAACCGUAUGCGCCAGGGUACUUUGAAAGCCAAAUGCUGAAAGAACGCAGCACGGUCGGUAGUGCCAGCGCGACGGGCAGUGUCGCCGGACGUACGACCUGGGCAAGUGGCAGCGACGCAUACGACGCUGAUAAAAUGAGCGAGGACCACGAGGAUGACGGCACUUCCAGCAUCGGCAACAUCAGUGAUGAGGGGAAUGCCAGUUUAGUUGGAUUUGGUGAAGGUGCCAAUAGUACCAUCAGUGGACCGACCUCUCGCCCGUCCGGAUUAAACCGCAUCUCUUCUGGAGGAGUUGGUGCCCGGCCUACUUCCCUGGGUUCAAAUGCCAAUCGCCCCAACCCUCUAUCUUCCUAUCUCCAGCAACAACAGUACCAUGCCGGGGAAAAUUCGAUGAUGUCACCUUCGCCGGCUGGGUCGAUGACCCCCGAGCCUUUGAAUGACGAUGCUCGCAUGCUCGAUGGAAUGACUUUCGACUCGGAUGUCGUUGAUACGACUGCCAGAACCCCACGGUUGGCCACCCCUGGUCACAAUACCAAUGGGUUUGGCUCGCCAGCCCGGGACUAA